AUGAGGGCGCUGCUCCUGCUCUGCUGCUGCCUGGCCCCGCUGCUGCUUUCAGGACAAGCAGAACUGCAAGUCUCUGCUUCGGGUGGCACAGAAGAUGUUGGCAAUUUGUUGGAGAAUCAUUUCUCUGCUGGAGAUGCAAGUCUAGAGGAGAAAGAAAGGGCGCUUUAUGCAGAUGCGGCCCCUGGAGACAAGAACCUGCUCCUUCACUACCCAGACGGCAGGGAGGCUGAGAGCUUGGAGCAGACCCCAGCAGGGGCCCCUUCCACUGCCAACGGCCAGGGCUCCGAAUCUGAAGCUAGCCUGUCCAAUACCUCAGCUGCAGAGUCAGCUCCAUCUGGGGAUGCUGAAGGGCCUGGGGAGGAAGAGAAGGGCCCAGCAGCAGGCACCCUUUCUCCAGGAGGGGUCGAGGGGCCAGAAGAAGAGAGGCCAGAGUUCAGUUCUGGAGGGGAACCAGGACAGGAGGAGGUUGGGCCGGGGCUCCCCACAGAGGGGGCUGCCAGUAUGGGGGCAGAAGUACAAGAAGGAAGUAGUGAGGUCCCUGAGGAAUUCCAGGGGAGUGUAGGAGAUAGCCCCAUGACAGAAGCAGCAGCAGGGACAGCAGAGUCUGCAGCCACCCUGGUCCCUCCUAGCACAGAGGGAGCAGAAGGCGAGGGCGACAAAGGGUCUGGUCACCAAUCCGCAGAGCCAGAUGGAGUUCAGGAUGCCACAUCUGCUGGAGAUGAAUCAGAAGCUGACACAGCUGCAGAAGCCAGGGAGCGGGCAGAGGACCAGCCCCAGGGCCACGCCCUGCAGACGGAAGAUGAAGCCAUCUCAGGGCCUGAUCCCCAGCCCCCUGACCUCGAUGCAAUCUCUGACAACAUGUCUUCUGGAGUAGAGGCAGAAACUGCAGAACGAGCAGCUGACCAGAGCCAAGCUGAGGUGGAUACAGAAGCUGGGGAGAAGGCUGAGGACCAAGGGGAACCUAGACCUAGUCAAGAGGCCAAUGAGAAGUCUGGGGACACCCAGAGUUCCAGGGAGACAGAGAACUACCCUCCUGAGGGCCAGGUGUCAGGGAUGCCUGAGGAGGGCCCGGCUGAGGCCUCCUCUGAGGAAGAGGGUGGUGAAGAAGGUGGAAGUGAAGAAGGUGGAGCUCCGUCUACAGAAGAGUCUGAAGAAGGCAGUGGUGAUGGAGCUAGCUCAGAAGAAGAGCAGGACGUCCCUGGGGAGGCCGGAGAGGCCCAGAAAGCAGCAGGAACCACAGAACACGAGGUGGAAGGCACCCAGCUUGAUGUGGAAGAUUUGGACACAGGGUCCGAGGGUGGCAAGACCCAGGAUACAGAGGCGGAGGCAUCCAAAGAGAGACAUCAGGGCAGAGGGAAUCCUGUAAUUGCUCAUCAGGAAGAGACUGAGGAUGUGAGUGAAGAGGCUCCCAUGAGGGACCGCUCCCAUAUUGACAAAACCCUGAUGCUGAAUGAGGACAAGCCAGCUGAUGAUUACACAGCGGUACUGCAGCGGCUGCGGAAGAUCUACCAUACAUCCAUCAAGCCCCUGGAGCAGUCUUACAAGUACAAUGAGCUGCGACAGCAUGAGAUUACAGAUGGGGAGAUUACUUCCAAGCCAAUGGUGCUGUUCCUGGGACCGUGGAGCGUCGGCAAAUCCACCAUGAUAAACUACCUCCUCGGGCUAGAAGACACUCGCUACCAGCUUUACACAGGUGCUGAACCCACCACUUCCGAGUUCACUGUCCUUAUGCAUGGGCCCAAGCUGAAAACCAUUGAGGGCAUCGUCAUGGCUGCUGACAGUGCCCGAUCCUUCUCACCACUGGAAAAGUUUGGCCAGAAUUUUCUGGAGAAGCUGAUUGGCAUCGAGGUUCCCCACAAACUUCUAGAACGAGUCACUUUUGUGGACACACCAGGCAUCAUUGAGAACCGCAAACAACAGGAAAGAGGCUACCCCUUCAACGACGUGUGCCAAUGGUUCAUCGACAGAGCCGACCUCAUCUUUGUUGUUUUUGAUCCCACCAAGUUGGAUGUGGGGCUGGAGCUGGAGACACUCUUCCGCCAGCUGAAGGGACGGGAGUCUCAGAUAAGGAUCAUUCUGAACAAGGCUGACAACCUGGCCACACAAAUGCUCAUGCGGGUAUACGGAGCUCUCUUCUGGAGCUUGGCCCCUCUUAUCAAUGUCACAGAGCCUCCACGGGUUUAUGUCAGCUCCUUCUGGCCACAGGACUAUAAGCCUGACACCCACCGGGAACUGUUCCUCAAAGAAGAGAUCUCUCUCCUGGAAGACCUGAACCAGGUGAUUGAGAACAGAUUAGAGAACAAGAUCGCUUUUAUCCGCCAGCAUGCCAUCCGUGUCCGAAUCCACGCUCUCUUAGUUGACCGCUAUCUGCAGACUUACAAGGAUAAAAUGACCUUCUUCAGUGAUGGGGAACUGGUUUUUAAGGACAUUGUGGAAGAUCCUGAUAAAUUCUACAUUUUCAAGACCAUCCUGGCAAAGACCAAUGUCAGCAAGUUUGACCUUCCCAACCGUGAGGCCUACAAGGACUUCUUUGGCAUCAACCCCAUUUCCAAUUUCAAACUCCUCUCUCAACAGUGCUCUUACAUGGGGGGUUGCUUCCUGGAGAAGAUUGAACGGGCCAUCACCCAGGAGCUCCCCAGUCUUCUGGGGAGCCUUGGGCUUGGGAAGAAUCCAGGUGCUCCUAACUGUGACAAAACAGGCUGUGGUGAGACCCCAAAGAAUCGCUACAAGAAGCACUAGUUUGUGUGUAGCCAUUUUCGGGUCCCCACUGGCGAAUGAGCUUAUGUCCUAACUGUCUGAGAAGUCCUGGUUUAUUAACCCUUUGAGCCAUACUGGUGACAAUCAGUCUGCAUUGGAGAUUAGGGAGUUCAUUGAGGCCGGUGAAUCAGGGAAGGAACAAGGGUUCUAGGGAGGAGAGUGGAAACUGUGAAUUAUAGUGUGCUUGUCUUAUUGCUUCGUUAGAAGGCCCGACAUGGGCAAGCCAGGCUUCCCUUGUUUUUCCUGGGUCUCGUCUUGGAGGGACA